AUGUCGGGAACUGUCAACAAAAUACAGCAUGAGUCGCGAAAACGUGUGACAAAUGGGCAAUCUAUGAACAAUCAACCUAGUAAUCAAAAGGUGAAUGUCAUGUGCUAUGCAUGUGGUCGGUACGGACACGUGAAAACUUACAUAAAUUGUCCGGCAAAAGGAAGGAAAUGCCGGAAGUGCAAAAAGGAAGGACAUUUUGAAAAAUGCUGUAAGUCAAAAUCGAAGUUUGAGAAGCCUAAACACAAAUUUGGAAAAGUGAGGACUGUUGAAUGUGAAGAAUCCCCAUCAGAUUCAGAGGACAGUUAUGUGUUCACGGUAACGAGAAGGAAGAAAGCUCCAGGCGAUAUUUAUAUCAACAUAGGAGGUAUUGAGACACCUGUUAUUGUCGAUUCGGGGGCGUCGUGCAACGUCAUUGACCGGGAACUCUGGGAAGAUUUUAAGAACCAGAAAAUGAAAUGUAAAUCAUAUUUAACAACAAAGAGAGUUUAUGCAUAUGGUAGUGCAACACCGCUUACAGUUGCGGGUGGAUUUUUAACGCAAGUGUCGGUUGGGAAUAAAUGCGUGGAUACAGAGUUUGUUGUUGUUGAGGAGCAUGGACAAGCCUUGCUAGGUAGACAGACUUCAAUUGAUUUGGGGAUGUUGGUAAUAAAUGACCCUAGUUGUGUAAACAGUGUAAACGUGAGCAUUGAUAAGUCGUCCAUACAAACUAAAUUUCCAAAGUGUUUUGAUGGAUUGGGAAAACUGAAGGAUUAUCAAUUACACAUUGAUAUUGAUAAACAUAUUCAACCAGUUGUGCAAGGAUUACGACGUGUUCCGUAUAACUUACGUGAAAAACUUGAGAAGAAGAUUGAAGAAUUAGUUUCCAUGGACAUUAUUGAAAAGGUGGAAGGUACAAGUAAAUGGGUGAGCCCUAUUGUGGUUGUACCAAAAUCAAACGGAGAUGUAAGAUUGUGUGUGGACAUGAGACGAGCCAACGAAGCAGUGAUAAGGGAAAGAUACCCUAUUCCGACAACAGAGGAAAUUCUUCAGGACUUAAAUAAGUCAACAGUGUUUUCAAAGCUGGACAUUUUCAUGGCGUACCAUCAAAUUGAGUUAGAUGAUUCGUCCAGAGAGAUAACUACAUUCAUGACACACAAAGGCAUGUACAGAUAUAAGAGACUGCUAUUUGGAAUAAGUUGUGCACCGGAAAUGUAUAAUAAGGUGAUGGCACAGGUUCUGAGUGGACUCGAUGGUGUGAGCAACAUCUUUGAUGAUAUUGUAGUUCAUGGACAUACGGAAGCGGAACAUAAUGUCCGUUUAGAAGCUUUGCUGAAGAGAUUGCAAGAUAAGGGUCUUACACUCAACUUUGAUAAAUGUCAGUUCAAUUUACCAAACAUUGACUUCAUGGGACUGAAAUUAUCUAAAACUGGAGUUGAAAUAACUGAAUCUAAGAUAAAAGCAGUACAGAAUGCUCGUCAGCCGCAGAACAGUUCUGAAAUCAAAAGUUUUCUUGGACUUGUGAACUUCAGUGCUCGAUUCAUUCCGAACAUGGCUACUGUUGCGGAACCACUUAAGAAGUUAACAAGAAAAAAUGAACCAUUUGUCUGGGGAACAGAACAGUCGGAAGCAUUCAAUAAACUUAAAGAUAGCUUGUCUAAAGCUAGUAGUUUGGGAUAUUUCGAUAGGAACAGAAAAACAGACGUGAUUUGUGAUGCUGGUCCAGUUGGAUUGGGUUGUGUUCUAGUACAAGAAGAUGAACAUGGAGAAUCACAUGUCAUUAUGUAUGCGAGCAGAGGAUUGAACAGAAUUGAACGCAAAUACUCGCAAACAGAAAAAGAGGCUCUUUCUAUUGUAUGGGCAUGCGAACGACUACAUAUGUACUUAGUGGGAACAGAAUUCACACUAGUGACUGAUCACAAGCCUCUACAAUUAAUAUUUUCACCUAGAUCCAAGCCGUGUGCUAGAGUAGAAAGGUGGGUGUUACGCUUACAACCGUAUCGCUAUACAGUGAAACAUAUCCCGGGAACCAGUAAUAUCGCGGAUUCACUGUCGAGACUAAUUCCGGAAAGUUCUACUGGGGAGGGCCAGGAUUUUCUUCAGACUGAGGAAUAUCUGAACAAUAUCGCAAGUGAAGCAACACCCGUUGCUUUGUCUACAGGGGAAAUUGAGAACGUUUCUCAAAAUGAUCCAGAACUGAAACAAGUACGCGAAAUUCUAGUGUCUGGUCGAUGGCAUGAACUCACUAAUAAACAUUAUCUGCCCAUCCGCCAUGAAUUUUCUUCGCUAGGUUUUCUAGUGUUACGUGGAACGAGAAUUGUGGUACCAACGGAGCUACGAAGUCGUAUUCUCGAACUAGGUCACGAAGGACAUCCGGGAAUGGUUGUUAUGAAACAAAGAUUGAGACCCAAAGUAUGGUGGCCUGGAAUGGACAAAGACAUAGAAAACUGUUGUAAAGUGUGCUAUGGUUGUCAACUUGUUUCUUCGGGUGAGAAACCGCAGCCCAUGAUAAGAAGAGAAAUGCCAACAAAACCGUGGGAGCACCUAUGUGCUGAUUUUCUAGGACCUCUUCCGUCAGGAGAAAACUUAUUUGUAGUUGUUGACUACUAUUCCAGGUGGAAGGAAAUAUGCAUUAUCAAAACAGUGACUUCGGAGAAAGUUAUUAAGUGUCUGAAAAGCAUAUUUGCGGUACACGGACUACCAUUAUCCAUACAGACUGAUAAUGCCCAGUAUUUCAAUAGUGCCGAGUUCAAUAACUUUUUGAACAAUUUGAGUAUUGAACAUAGAAACACAACACCGUUAUGGCCGCAAGCCAAUGGCGAAGUAGAAGUGCAGAACAAGGGUAUUAUGAAGCGCAUUCGAAUUUCUAAUGCUGAGAACAGCAACUGGAAAGAAGAUCUGCAAACAUAUCUGAUGAUGUACAGAUCAACACCACAUUCUACAACAGGCGUUUCUCCAGCUGAACUAUUGUUUAAAAGGAAAAUGCGAACCAAAUUACCGGAGAUUUACGAUUAUUCAUCCAACGAGUAUGAAGUAAGAGAUCGCGACAGCGAGCGAAAGGGGAAAGGAAAGCUGUAUGGUGAUCAACGACGACAGGCACGAGAUUCAGAGAUCAAGAACGGAGAUGUUGUGUUAGUGAAACAGAAGAAGAAGAAUAAAUUAUCCACAGUGUUUAAUCCAAAACCAGUGUCAGUGGUUGAAAAAAGGGGAAAUAGUGUUGUUCUUGAAUCUAGUGAUGGGGCCAGAUAUUCAAGAAAUGUGUCUCAUAAACUGCAGGUGGUCCGGAGGAGAGAGGAUUUCCGGAGAGAUUACCAUCUCCUAGGCAGUCGACAAAACCACCUGAUCCUGUGGACCCAGAACCAGAUCGACCACUUCAUCAUCAACGGUCGGUGGAAUCACUCUCUGCAGAACGUGCGUAUGAUGCGACAUGCAGACAUCGGCAGCGACCAUGACCUUCUGGUUGCCAAGGUGACUUUGAAGCUCAGGAAAGCCAAGACGGGAGACAUCUAG